AUGCAAAACGUGGUGCUUAUUACGAAAUGUCCUACAAAGGUGAAAGAGAUAAAGCAGAUUCGUCUUGACAUUGUCAACGGAUCUUCGGUGUACAGUCGCCGCUUCUCCAGGUUGAAAAGUGGCAGCUGCGAGGAUUUGGGCACCUGUCACAAACGCCAUCAGAAGGAAAAGGGAAAUAACUACUACUUGUCCGACCGGCAGGCCGAAGAUCUCGGGACGACCAAAAAUAACUCGCUAAAGGACGGCAUGUCGGUUCUCGCGCAGCCAAACAGUUCGAGAGAGACUCGGAGCUGCGAAACGCCGCUGAACUCAAUUACUCAGCCGAACGUCAAACAGAUUUCAUCAGGGACAUACACUAACUUUUUCCAUCUGUGCGUAUUCACGGACUCGUUGGACCACGUUCACAUUCGAGGGAUAAAAUGGCUCAAUCUUCGGCGCAUCGAAGAGGCGUUCUUCAGCGGGGACGAUGCCUCCUUGCCGAUUUUAUCAUGCAGCAUCGGACUGACCGGAUUCAUGUGGAUAUACUGGGUUUGCAGUGCUCAGUCGUUCAGUUCAGCUUCGACGAUGGCCAAACAAAAUUGGCAGAUAUGCCAGAUGAGGACGCUGCAGCCAGUUCCGUCCAGUCAGAUCCAUUCCUCAACAGCUGUUUGUUCGAAACGCUGGCCGUUCGGAAAGCACCUGGAAUCAGAGGUUCAUCCGACAGAGCGGUUCCUGUCCUCACUGAGUCACGUCUUCGACAGACUGCACCACGAUGAGGAAACACGAUGGUCGGUCUCGCAGGUGCACCGGUCGAACGGCGGCUUGCUCGUAGAGGACGUCGCUUUUCAGUUGUUGUACACAACCGGCAUUCACAGACGUUGA